AUGAAAAGAAUUUUUGUGUUCGUUUUACCGGCAAAAAAACAUUUUGCAUGGGAAUUUCAAUUCAAGGUGUAUGUUAAAGGAAAGGGAUUAUGGAGUCAUCUAGAUGAUGUUUCUAAGGCACCGACGGAGAAAACUGCUUUAGAUGCGUGGGAAACUAAAGAUGCUCAAAUCAUCACUUGGAUUCUCAAGAGUAUUGAUCCUCAGAUGAUCAAUAAUUUACGCUCUUUUUCAACUGCUCAAGAAAUGUGGAAUUAUUUGAAGCGCAUUUACAACCAAGACAAUUCGGCAAAACAUUUUCAGUUGGAGUUAGAAAUAGCCAACUAUAAACAAGGUGCUUUGUCUAUUCAAGAAUACUACUCUGGUUUCUUAAAUCUCUGGACAGAACACUCUUCUAUUAUACAUGCUAAUGUUCCCAAGAUCUCUCUCGUGGUUGUUCAAGAGGUUUACAACACUAGUAGGCGAGAUCAAUUUCUCAUGAAAUUACGUCUAGAAUUUGAGGUUGUCAGAGGUGCCUUGCUGAAUAGGAAUCUUGUUCCUUCUGUAGAUACAUGUGUUGGAGAACUUCUAAGAGAGGAACAACGUCUUAUUACUCAAGGAGCCAUGUCUCAUGAAGCUACCAUUUUCGAGCCCGUGACGGUUGCAUAUGUUGCUCAAAGUAAAGGUAAAAGUCGUGAUAUGAGACAGGUUUAG